AUUCCUAAUAUCAUUUCUUUAAUAUUUCGUUUGCCUUCUUCUACUAUUUAUUCACACUACAUAUCACACAUCUCUCUUCUUCUUUUUGCUUUUGGCCUUCUUCUUCUUCUUCCUCAAGAACCCUAAAUAUAUUUCAUAUUUUUUGGAUGAUUUUGAUCGGAGAAAUAUAAAAUCUGCUCAUUUGAUCUAUCAAAGGAACUCAGUUUCUCAUACCAAAAUGAAUCUGAGUGAGAAGAGAAGAAGUGAAGAAGAUUGGAUUGAUACACUACUGAACUCAGAGUUCUUUGGGAUAUGUAUGAAUCAUAAGUAUCUUCGAAAGAACGAGAAAAAUGUGUUUUGCAUUGAUUGUAAUGUGGAAAUCUGCAGACAUUGUUGUAACACAGUUACAGAUUCACAUUACCUCCAUCGUCGUCUUCAGAUCUGCAAAUACGUUUAUCAAGAUGUUCUUCGUCUCUUCGAUAUCCAACACUACUUCGACUGUUCCGAGAUUCAGACAUAUAAAAUAAAUGGAGAGAAGGCAAUACAUUUGAAUUCAAGGCCACAAGCAAAAGAUGCAAGACCUUCGACAAAAUCCAAGAAUGGUGCUUCAUGUGUGACUUGUAAAAGAUAUAUUCAAGAUCGUCCUAAUCGAUUUUGCUCUAUCUCCUGCAAGAUAUCAACUCCUUCAAAAAAGCAUAAAUUUUGUUUUUCUCCAAAAUUGGAACAGAGUGUUUUGGAGAAAGAACACUCUAAUCAAGAAGAAAGCUUAGAAGAAAAAAAAUCGUGCACAUCGUCCCUCACUGAUGUUUCAGAAGAUUCUGAAGUUUUAUUGUGUAAUUUUUCAUUGAGACCACUCAUGAGAAUACUCAAGAGAAAAGGAAUUUCUCGAAGAUCUCCUCUUUAUUGAAUUUUCAUUUUUAUUUUGGAUUUUGUCAUCAAACCAUACAUUAUGUGUAUUUUAUUUUUAAAAAAGAUAUUAUAUCGGGUAUCAAUAUUAUGUUUAAAAGUUAAUAAGUUUUAAAGAGAAA